AUGGACGUAACAGCUGCACCCGAGACCGGCGCUGCCUCAAAUCCCAAUGAUAUUCUUCUGCCACCCAAGCAAGUAUCAGUUGAGCAGGCACCAUCUCCAAAGGAGGCACUCCAGCCUCAGGAAACAAAGAGCUCAUUACAUGGUGGAAACAAACGCGAUCAGAAUAAGAACCAACACGAACAAAAUGGCUCCCAAAUGCCACACAAUGGACAAAAGAAACCGGUUGGCCCCCCACCACUGUUACCUCCUCCAGACAUCCCCUUGAGUGGUCGCAAUCAAUCGCCUUCAGGUGGUAACAUCAAUGCCAAUCCCAAUUAUUCGAACAACGCUCCUCGUUAUGCAGACCAAAAACAUUACAACGAUGCUGGUGUUCCAUCUCCAACUGUGAGCAGACAGCAGAACCAGAAUAACAUCAGCUCUCAAAUGAGCUCAACUAAGAAAAUGUCUUCUACAUUGGAAAGAAACGACUCACCAGUGAAACCAAUAAAUAGUUCAUCCAACGUCAGCUCAGAAAAUAAAUCAACAUCGCAUUCUUCGAAUGUUGAAAAGCAAACAACUUCAGGCACUUCAGAAACAUCUCGACUUGGAACAACCAAGAAAGAAACAUCUGGACUUACUCCAAGUGAAGACUUUGAUUUGACAAAUGUCAAGGGCAAACCCCCACCAAGAAAACCAGUUGAUCCUACUUUUAGAGGAUGGAAAGAAGUUGGGGGCUUUGAGGCUGAUGAUGCUUUGACUGCAGCUGACGAGACUGUUGACUUGUUAUCCAGAGGAUCCGUUUUUGAUCAGUAUUUGCCUGCUGUAGCUUACGGUGAUUGGUACCACAACACAGCCUUUUUAAUUGUUGGUGGUCUCUUGUCCUGGAUUAUAGGGUGGUUUAGAUUCUCAGUCGCACCAUUGUUUUUCGUCAUGGUGGUUUUUGCAAUUUUGUACCGUGCUUCGGUUAAGAAGUAUAGGGGAGUGUUAAGAGAGCAAGCACAGAGAGAGUUUUCGGUUAAAACGAUUGAAGAUGACUACGAGACAAUGGACUGGUGCAACUACUUUUUGGAAAAAUUUUGGUAUUAUUUGGAACCAUCCAUCUCACAAAUUGUCUGCGAGCAAGCAAACCCUAUUUUGGCUGGGUUACCUAUUCCAGCAUUUGUCACUUCCGUCUGGCUUGACAGUUUUACUUUAGGAACUAAGCCACCUAGAAUUGACUGUGUCAAGACUUUGGUUGGAACUGCCCCAGACGUUGUUGUUAUGGACUGGGGAUUCUCAUUCACACCUAAUGCCAAUGUUGAUGCUAACAACAAGCAGUUGAAAAACAAUGUUAAUGAAACAAUUGUUGUAAAAGCAACUCUUUUUGGUGUUUCGAUUCCUGUUACUAUUGCCGAUGUUUCAUUCAAAGGUAUUGCUAGAAUUAGAUUAAGAUUGAUGUCCUCUUUUCCUCAUGUGGAAACUGUGAAUGUGACAAUGUUGGAACCACCUCAGUUUGACUUCAACACGAAGAUUUUGGGAGAAUCGUCAUGGUGGUGGGAAGUUUUAUCAUUUCCAGGGUUAUAUCCCUUGAUUAAUGAAAUGGUGAAAAAAUACGUUGGCCCAAUUGUUUUCAAUCCUAUGUCGUUCCAAUUGAAUGUUCAACAAUUGUUAGCAGGUAACGCUUUGAAUUCCGCUAUUGGUGUUUUGACAAUUCGUGCAGAUUCUGCUCGUGGCUUGAAAGGUUUCAAAUAUCUUGGUAAUACAUUAGAUCCAUAUUUGACGUUUGGUUUCUUGAACAAAGUGUUGGCUAAAACAAAGGUGAUCGAUGAUACUAGUGCGCCAGUGUGGAAUGAAACAUUGUACAUUCCUGUAUCGUCGUUGUCAGAGCCUUUGACAAUUACUGUGAUUGACUACAAUGACAUCAGGAAAGAUAGACAAGUUGGUGCUGUUCAAUUUGAUUUGGAAUCAUUGGUCGAUAACCCACAACAAGAGCACCUUACGGCCGCAUUUUUAAGAAACAACAAACCUGUGGGUGAACUUCUUUUCGGUAUGACAUACCAACCUGUUUUGCAAGAGGUGAAACAAGCGGAUGGUGCUACCACCCCUCCACCAGAUUUAAACACAGGUGUUGCAAGGAUUGAGAUCCCAGAAGCUAGAAACUUGAAAGGGGGAGACAAGGGAGCUACAACUAGUGUUCAACUUAUUUUUGAUGGUAAGUCGGUUGUGGAGUCGCCAGUCCAGAAGAAUAACAAUAAUCCUGGCUGGGGCGCAGUUACCGAGCAAAUUGUUUUCAACCGUGCAAAAGCAAGGGCAAAGCUUAUUGUUAGAGACAAAAAUGGCAAACAAGUUGGUCAAAUUGUCAAGAGCUUGAAUGAGUUGAUUGAUGCGACGCAAGUCGAACAAACGUGGUUCCCUUUGAGUAAAGGUGGGGAAGUUAGAAUCAGCGCUAAUUGGAAGCCAGUCCAAUUAGAAGGAGCAGGUGGUGCAGGUGGAUAUACGCCACCAAUUGGAGUUAUCAGAGUUGGUGUUGAACAUGCCGAAGAUUUGCGUAACUUGGAGCACAUUGGAAAGAUUGAUCCAUAUGCAAGAAUCUUGGUCAAUGGGUUUGAAAAGGCAAGAACGGCUGCUGUUGAAUCCUCAUUGGACCCAACAUGGAACGAAAUUCAUUACGUUACUGUUUCCUCGGCCAAUCAAAGAUUAACUCUUGAAGCUAUGGAUGUUGAGAGCCAUUCUGCUGAUCGUACUUUGGGGUCGUUCGACAUCAAAUUGAAUGAAUUUAUUCAAAAGGAUGAAAGUGGCUUGUAUAUCGAGCACGUCGAUAAAAAGAAGAGGACAUCGAAAUUAGUUCUGAAAAAGGGACCAAAGGGUUCAAUAACCUAUACUUUAUCUUUUUACCCAGCAUUGCCUGUUAUGACGUUACAAGAUUACAAAGAUGAAGAAGCUGAAAAGAAGGAAGCUGAAGAAAAGAAAAAGAAAGAAGAAGAGGAGAAGAAGAAGAAGAUCAAUAAAAACCCUAGUGGAUUGGAAGAUGCCGAAGGGGAGAGGCAAGCUAGCCCUGAAGAAGAUAUUGACGAUGACGAGAUUGAUGACGAUAACUUUGGUAAAAAACUCAGAUUGUCCGUGAAUGAAUUGAUUGAAUACAAGAGUGGUAUCUUGGUAUUUGAGCUUUUUGAAGCUACUGUGUCAAAGAGUGGUUCAUUCUUGCAAGUGUUCUCAGCAAACCAAGGUUAUCCCGAUUAUGUCAGUAGGGAAUUGAAGAAGAACAAGUCUAAACUUGAAACAACUGGUGAUACUGUCAUCACUGAACUCGAAUGGGCUGAAACAUGCUUUAGACUUGUUAAAGACGAAGAUGACAAUAGGGCGGAUAAAUGCAUUGCCGAGACAUCCAUCCCUACAUUACAGUUGAUCAAGAAUGGAUUGGAGAAACCAAUGACGCUUGAUUUAUCAGGUUCGGGAAAUGCAUCCUUCAAGGUGCAAUUCUCUUGGAUUCCAUUGAUCUACAAAUCAGGAGUACCACCACAGGAUUCAAAGGACAACUCGGGUGAUUUGCAUGUCGAGGUUAAGAAGGCGGUUGGAUUACCAGCUUCCGAUAGAAACGGUAAGUCUGAUCCUUACAUAAAAGUCUAUCUCAACACAGAAAAGGAUGCAUUUACAAAGACAAAAACAGUUAAAAAGACUCUUGAUCCUACUUGGAACCACAAGGGAGAAGUUGAAGUGGCCAAUUUGUUUGACUCAACUUUACGUUUCGAGUGUUAUGACUGGGAUGCUGUAGAUGCUGACGAUUUCUUGGGUGUCGGGUACGUUGAGUUGGGAUCGUACGACAUGAAAGAGGGCCCCGUAGAGGUUGAAAUUCCAUUGCAGGGUGAAGAUGGAGAACCUGCAGGCACAGCCUACGCUGUUUUAUCAUUUGAGCCUAGGUUUGUUUUGAAUGUCAAGGCAAAGAGUCAAUCGGCUGUUGGUACAGUAGGAGACGUUGGAAAGGGUGUUGGAAAGGGUGUUGGAAAGGGUGUUGGAAAGGGUGUUGGUGUAGUAGGAAAAGGUGUAGGUAAGGGCCUUGGAGGUGGUUUGAAAGGUUUGAAGAAGGGAUUAAGUUUGGGUGGACACCAUCUGGAGAAGUAA